UGUGAUAAAAAGUCAAGAAGUCUUAAUACUUACUGAAUGCACUGUACAUGUGCUUAUACAGGGUAGUAUAGACUAAGUUAUGACCUGAUGUAGGUCAGUAAGAUGGUAUGUGUCUGAUGUAGGUUAUGUUCUUCUGAUGUAAUAUGUUGUCAUUCUCCUGUCUCCUACAGAAGACGAGUCUGUGGGAUCCAUUUUAGAAUAAGGCUGUAAUGUAACAAUGUGGAGAAAUUCAAGAGGUCUGAAUAGUUUCAGAUUGCACUAUUUGUAGGCUGGUGUAGGUAUGUAGGGUAAUUUAGAGGGUCAGGGAGGGAGCUUUAGAUCUCUCCCUUUAAUUAUGUAUCUCAAAGCCAAUCUGAAACAUUGGAUGGUGGAGGUGCUGUGGUUAGAGAAAUGGGCUUAAGGUGGAAUAAAACUGCCCAUCGAAUGCAGAAUACCACUGCAAUUCACGUAAAGUAGAAACAUAUGGUAGAUGCUUUUAUCCAAAGCGACUGAUGCGUAGUAACAACAAAGACAUUUGAUAUGUGUGGCCCAUGUGGGAAUCAAAUCCACAACUGAUAUUGAAAGCGCAACGCUCCAAUCUAUUGAGCCAUCAGCACUGCACCAACUAAUCACAUCCCUUACAGGAUGUAAAACUCCAAUCUGCAUUGAGCUGAGAUAGUUGACAAUACAUACAUCUACUGUAUGUGUUGUGUAAAUACAAGGUACAGAGUUGUAGAGCUUUGUGUGUGAAAUUGUGAGAUAUAACUCUUGAUGUUAUCAGUCUCUUGUUACUUUUCCAGACUCUUCCAGACACACUGUCCAGAGGAGCAUGAUGACUACUUUCCCCAAUGAGACAGAUGAGACAGGCUUCUCCUCCCUCUCUCCAUCAUACCCUCCCUCCCCCUCCCUCACACCGUCCAUCUCCCUCACCUCCAACCCUUCCUCUUCCUUCGCCUUCUCCCUCUCCACCUCCUCUCCGUCCAACUGCUCCAGCUCUCCGUUGCCCUCCUCCCCUCCCUAUAACUUCUACGCCGUGCUGCUGGUGCUGCUUAUCUUCUGCGUGGUGUUUGGCAACAUGCUAGUUUGUGUGGCGGUGUCGCGCGAGCGCGCCCUCCAGACUACCACCAACUACCUCAUCGUCUCCCUGGCCGUGUCCGACCUGCUGCUGGCCACCCUGGUCAUGCCCUGGGGCGUCUACCUGGAGGUGGUAGGMGAGUGGCGCUUCAGUCUCAUCCACUGUGACAUCCUACUGACCCUGGACGUCAUGAUGUGUACUGCCAGCAURCUCAACCUCUGUGCCAUCAGCAUCGACAGGUACACGGCGGUGGCGAUGCCCAUGCUGUAUAACACCAGAUACAGCUCCAGGAGGCGGGUGGCUCUGAUGAUUGCUGUCGUGUGGUUCCUCUCCUUCGCCAUCUCCUGCCCUCUACUGUUUGGACUCAACAACACAGCCAGUCGGGAGGAGACCAAGUGUGCCUUCGCUGAUCCGUCCUUCGUGGUCUACUCGUCCGUGGCCUCCUUCUACGUUCCUUUCAUCGUGACCCUGCUGGUGUACGCCCAAAUCUGUGUGGUGCUGCGGAGGCGGGGKCGACGCACCGUGCCCCGCAGACACGGCCUGCACCCACAGGGAGGAGGCAAGACGGGGGAGGGCCACAGGCACAGGAAGAAUAAGUGUACCCACCCCGAGGAUGUGAAGCUGUGCACUCUGAUCAUGAGGCCCCCCACCAGCGCCCCCCAACGCAAGAAAGUGACGUUAGUGAAGGAGGCAAUGGUGCACCUGGAUGAGGAACCUGUGGGGCGUGGUUUCCUGUCCCAGUUAGACCAGAGCCUCCCCCCACCUCACCCCCUCCCCCCUCCGGACGAGCACCAAGGUCUCCCUUUCUAUCUCGGUGGCGCCCGCGCCCUUCCUGGCCCUGUCCCCGUCGGUGGCACCCCGCUCCGCCCUCGUACCCCGCCGUGCACAUUCGAGGACGGCAUGAGUGGCCGCGAGCGAUGGAGGGCACAUGCAGACAGGGAGAAGGGAGCGAUGGCGAAGGAGAGGGUGAAAGGGACCCUGUCGCAGCAGAAGGAGAGGAAGGCGACCCAGAUGCUGGCUAUCGUGCUAGGUGUGUUCAUCAUCUGCUGGCUGCCCUUCUUCCUGACCCACGUGCUGAAGGCCUGUGGCAGCUGCUGUAUCUCCCCCUCCCUGUACAGUGCUGUCACCUGGCUGGGCUACCUCAACAGUGCCGUCAACCCCGUCAUCUACACCACCUUCAACAUCGAGUUCCGCAAGGCUUCAUCAAGAUCUAAACUGCUGAGUACAGGGAGGAAGAGGAGGGGGGAGAGUGGGGGGAAGGACAAGUGUGAAAAGUGUUUGAGUAGUGGAGAGAGGCAAAAAAAGGUCAGAGACUAGAAAAUAAACUAAAGAAGGGAGAGAGGUGAAAACAAAAGACAAGAAGGGAGUG